UUUGAGCAUCGGAGAUUCCUAGGGCCUGCAGGCUGCAACACCAUGGCGUCAACUCUUUCGAAAACAACCAUUUCUUUCACCACCCUCCCUUCAUCCUCGCCAUCCCCCAAACCCCUUCUCCGAUUCGCACCCUUCUCCAUCCCAAACACCCCAUCCCGCUCUCAACGCCGCUCCCUCCGUAUCUCCGCCGCUCUAUCGGACACCGCCGCCGCCGCCGAGCCUUUCGCCUCGCGGUUUGCCCUAGAUGAGCCCCGCAAGGGCGCCGACAUCCUGGUGGAGGCGCUGGAGCGGCAGGGCGUCACCGACGUCUUCGCGUACCCCGGCGGCGCCUCCAUGGAGAUCCACCAGGCGCUGACUCGCUCCGCCGCCAUCCGCAACGUCCUCCCCCGCCACGAGCAGGGCGGCGUGUUCGCGGCCGAGGGAUACGCGCGGUCCUCCGGCCUCCCCGGCGUCUGCAUCGCCACCUCCGGCCCCGGCGCCACGAACCUGGUGAGCGGGCUGGCGGACGCCAUGCUGGACAGCGUCCCCCUGGUGGCCAUCACCGGGCAGGUCCCUCGGCGCAUGAUCGGCACCGACGCCUUCCAAGAAACCCCGAUCGUGGAGGUAACGCGUUCCAUCACGAAGCACAAUUACCUCGUCCUUGAUAUCGAUGACAUCCCCAGAAUCGUUAACGAAGCGUUUUUCUUAGCCACUUCGGGAAGGCCUGGUCCUGUGUUGAUUGACAUACCCAAAGAUAUUCAGCAGCAGCUCGCUAUUCCCAGAUGGGAUCAAUCGAUUCGGUUACCUGGUUACACUGCUAGGUUGCCCAAGUCCCCCAAUGAGAAUCUUUUAGAGAUUAUUGUGAGGUUUCUUUUGGAGUCCAAGAAACCGGUUUUGUAUGUUGGUGGUGGUUGUUUGAACUCUAGUGAGGAGUUGAGGCGUUUUGUGGAACUCACUGGUGUUCCUGUUGCUAGCACUUUGAUGGGUCUUGGUGCUUAUCCUGUUGGUGAUGAGAAAUCCCUUCAAAUGCUUGGGAUGCAUGGAACUGUUUAUGCUAAUUAUGCGGUUGAUAAGUGUGAUCUUUUGCUUGCUUUUGGGGUGAGGUUUGAUGAUCGUGUCACUGGGAAGCUUGAGGCUUUUGCUAGCCGGGCUAAGAUUGUUCACAUUGACAUUGAUUCUGCUGAGAUUGGGAAGAACAAGCAGCCGCACGUGUCGGUUUGCGCGGAUUUGAAGCUGGCAUUGAGAGGGAUUAAUCGAUUGUUGGAGAGCAGAGGGCUUGGGAAAAAGCUUGAUUUUAGAGGUUGGAGGGAAGAGCUGAAUGAGCAGAAAAAGAGGUUUCCUUUGAGUUACAAGACUUUUGAGGAAGAGAUUUGUCCUCAAUAUGCUAUAGAGGUUCUUGAUGAGUUGACUAAUGGGGAUGCCAUUGUGAGUACUGGAGUUGGGCAGCACCAGAUGUGGGCAGCCCAGUUUUACAAGUACAAGAGGCCUAGGCAGUGGCUAACAUCGGGUGGCCUUGGUGCCAUGGGGUUUGGAUUGCCAGCGGCGAUGGGCGCAGCCGUGGCCAACCCGGGUGCUGUUGUGGUUGACAUUGAUGGGGAUGGGAGUUUCAUGAUGAAUGUUCAGGAGCUGGCCACUAUCAAGGUGGAGAAGCUCCCUGUUAAGAUAUUGUUGUUGAAUAAUCAGCACUUGGGAAUGGUUGUUCAGUGGGAGGAUCGGUUCUAUAAGUCCAACAGGGCUCACACUUAUCUUGGAGACCCCUCUAAUGAGAAUGCUAUAUUCCCCAAUAUGUUGAAGUUUGCAGAUGCUUGUGGGAUACCGGCAGCUCGUGUGGCCAAGAAAGGAGAGCUUAGAGGGGCAAUGCAGAAAAUGUUGGAUACCCCUGGCCCCUAUCUUCUUGAUGUCAUUGUACCCCAUCAGGAGCAUGUCUUGCCCAUGAUUCCUAGCAAUGGAACAUUCCAGGAUGUCAUAACCGAGGGUGAUGGCAGGCAAAGUUACUGAACAAAUUUUUCUUCAUGGUGGUUUUUGUAAAAAAAAUAGUAAGCUGUUAGCUUAAUUAUUGUAUCCAUUUUGGCUACUAAGAUAGGCUGCUUGUUUUUCCAUACAAUGUUUCUUGUUGGCAACUAAAUAUCCCUUACGGCUCUCUCUGUUAAAAUAGGCUUGUUGUUAAUUAUAUGUGUCUCUUUGGUUAUUUGGUUGAAUGUUAGUGAGACUUCAUUGAAAUUUGAAAGUUGAAACCAAUUCCUUAAUGGUUUACUUUUAGUGAACAAAAUACUGCAAAUCAGAAGUCAGAAGCUAAUUUCGUUGUUCCAAGCAGAGAACUGGCAGUGAGCUAUGGAAUAUAUACAUGAAUUAGAA